AGCAAUAAGAGACUAGACAAAAGCUAUAAGCUAUAAGCAUGGAGCUUGUCACACUCUCGCAUCCUAUCCCUUGCCGUCAAGUCAGCUAUCGUAGUCCGUGUUCAAAUUACUGUAAAAUAUUCACAAAGAAAUUGAGUUUUUUUAGACACUAUCUUGUUCAUUCUAAAAAAGUAUUUACUCCAUUCAAUAUGCUUAACAUACAAUCUACUCAAGCAGAUAGUUUAAAGGAACACUCUAUUGUUUCUACUGUAAAGAAACCUUAUUCAUGUAGUGCAUGUGAAAAAACUUUCGCAUGGAAACACGGCUUACUUAAACACUAUCUUAUUCAUACUGGAGAAAAACCUUACACAUGCAAUAUAUGUGAUAAAUCUUUUAAUGACAAAUGUAAAUUAAAAAGACAUUCUCUUGUUCAUACUGGUGAGAAACCUUAUAGAUGUAGUGUGUGUGAUAGAUUUUUUGCAACUAAAAAUAAUUUAAAUGUACAUCUCAUUCUACAUACUGGAGAGAAACCUUAUUCAUGUAGUGUAUGUAGUAUAUCAUUUGCACAUAAAUCUAAUUUAAAAUCGCACUAUUUAACUCAUACUGGAGAGAAACCUUAUUUGUGCGAUGUGUGUAAUAAAUCUUUUACACAUAGAUCUAAAUUAAAUAAACAUUCACGUAUUCAUACUGGAGAAAAACCUUUCGCAUGCAGUGUGUGUGAUAAAUCUUUUAAGGACAAAUGUAAAUUAAAUAGACAUUCUCUUGUUCAUACUGGUGAGAAACCUUAUAGAUGCAGUGUGUGUGAUAGAUUUUUUGCAAAUAAAAAUAAUUUAAAUGUCCAUCUCAUUCUACAUACUGGAGAGAAAUCUUAUUCAUGCAAUGUAUGUAAUAAAUCAUUUGCACAGAAAUCUAAUUUAAAAGAACACUAUUUAACUCAUACUGGAGAGAAACCUUAUUUGUGCAGUGUGUGUAAUAAAUCUUUUACAAAUAGAUUUAAAUUAAAUAAACAUUCACGUAUUCAUACUGGAGAAAAACCUUUUGCAUGCAGUGUGUGUGAUAAAUCUUUUGAUGAAAGAUCUAAAUUAAAUAGACAUUCUUUUGUUCAUACUGGUGAGAAACCUUAUAGAUGCAGUGUGUGUGAUAAAUCUUUUGCGAGUAAAAGUAAUUUGAAUACGCACCUCACUAUUCAUACUGGGGAAAAACGUUAUUCAUGUAGUAUAUGUGAUAAAUUAUUUUCUCAGAAGACUAAUUUGAAAGAUCACUAUUUUACUCAUACUGGAGAGAAACCUUUCUUGUGCACUGUGUGCAAUAAAUCCUUUGCAAAUAGAUCAAUAUUAAAUAGGCAUUGUAUUGUUCAUACUGGAGAGAAAACUUAUUCAGGAAAAAUUCAUGAAAAAAUAUAAUUAAAAGAGACAUUCACUGUUAACAGUGAAAUAUAUUUAUCUAGUAGCUAACUAAAGCUGAAAUUUUGAGCCCUAUAAAAUUCUUUGAAACUUUUAUCAAUACUUUAGAGUAUGAUAUUUGAUAUAUUCAUUUAAUUUAUUUAUAAGAAGUUGUAGAAUUGUACAUAUAGAAUCUAUAUGUAAAAUUUUACAUAUAGACUAAAUAUUUUCUGAAACAGCGGAAAUUUCAUAGUGGUUGGAAGGUACUAUGUAACAUAUCAUAGUAACUUUUUAUACUUUAUUAUAUUUAUAUGAAGUAUUGUGAUAAAUUUUUUAUUAUUCUUCGACUUUCUGCUUAUUGAUAUGUAUAUCAUAUUACAUAUCAAUGUAAUAUGAUAAAGGUUCUGUACUGUAAUUUUAUUUGUUAACAAUAUAUAAGGAUAUUAUUAUUAUGAUAUAUAAUAGUUCACACUUGGAACAGUUUUCA